GGUUGUUGAAUGCGUCAUUAGCGCGCGCCGUAGGAAGCCUGACAAGCCGCAUGGCUGCGGGUUGCUCAGAGGCUCCGCGGCCGAAGGCGGCCUCAGAAGGGCCGGUGGUGGGGCCGGCCGGCGUCUUGCCUUGCCUAGAACUGCCGACCUACGCUACCGCUUGUGCGCUCUUGAACAGCCGCUACUCUUGCCUGGUGGCGGGGCCGCACCGAAGACACAUCGCACUGUCCCCGCGCUACCUUAACAGGAAACGCACCGGUAUCCGAGAACAACUGGAUGCGGAACUGCUGCGCUAUUCCGAGAGCCUUUUAGGUGUACCCAUUGCUUAUGAUAAUAUCAAAGUAGUGGGUGAACUAGGAGAUAUUUAUGAUGAUCAAGGACACAUUCAUCUUAACAUUGAAGCAGAUUUUGUUAUUUUCUGCCCUGAACCAGGGCAAAAGCUUAUGGGUACAGUUAAUAAAGUAUCUUCCAGCCACAUUGGCUGUUUGGUACAUGGGUGCUUCAAUGCCUCCAUCCCUAAACCUGAGCAGAUGGCACCUGAGCAGUGGCAGACUCUGGAGAUAAACGUGGGUGAUGAACUUGAAUUCGAAGUAUUUCGUUUAGAUUCAGACGCUGCUGGAGUAUUCUGCAUUCGGGGAAAACUAAGUAUCACUAGUUUACAAACCAAGCGCUGUGCAGUUUCUGAAGAAGUAACAGGAACUGGCACUGAAGAAGCUGUUGAAAAACCUCCAAAGAAGAAAAAGAAAAAGAAGAAAGACCCAGAACCAUAUGAAGUGGAAGGUGGUACCACAGAGCUAGCAGAUUUUGCAGAUGUUACCAUGAAGGAGACAGACAUGCAGAUGAAUAACAAUGUGAAUGGCCUCCUGGAGGAAAAGCCAAAGAAGAAAAAGAAAAAGAAAAAGCACCAGGAAGAUCAGGACCAGGACCCUCUUUUCCAAGGCAGUGACUCCAGUGGUUACCAAAGCGACCGUAAAAAGAAAAAAAAGAAAAGAAAGCACAGUGAGGAGGCUGAAUUUACACCACUUUUGGAACAUGUACCUAAGAAGAAAAGGGAAAAGUAAUUUUCUCUAGUGCAUUUUAAAUAUGAUUUGGUUUUUAAAAGAGUGAUUUACAUACAAUAGAUGACUAAAUGUUUAAAUUAUAUGAAAUGUUUUAUAUUCCAGUAGUUUGCAAAACAGGAAACAUUUGAUUAGGAGUUGAGUUUUUGGUGCUAAAAUUAUAAAACUGAUCAUUUGGGAAAUACCAGUAUUAAAAGUACCAUUUUAUUGUAUACAGAAUAAAAGGGCAAGAGCUCUUUCAUUCUUCCAGUGUAUACAUUUUAAGUAAAAUGAUUUCUAAGUCAGGCUCAAGGCUAGCAGGACUUGGUCAUACGUAUUUUGAACCUGGGUUUUUGUGUUUUUAAACAGGUUUAGCAUUUAGUUGUGGUAUUACAUGCCUGUUUUAUUUUACUUUAAAAUUCAAGGCGUUUACCAGUUUUAGGAUUUCUUUUUUCAUGGCUGCUACAGUAGUUCUCUUGUGGAACUUAGAAUGGUUUGCCAGAGGGUUUCUGAAGUUUCCAGAGCUUAUAAGAACCUUGCCACUACUGACUGUGGUAGGAAACAAUAUUCACUAUUUUUUCCUUCUAGGUGCAUGUGUUUUCCUUUUUCUCUAGGAGGUUGAUGGAGAGGCUGUUCUCUUACACUUGUUCAUUUGUGCCUCAUCCACUCUGCUUUUGUUGUGUUGGAGGAGGAGAGUCUGACGAAGACAGGAAAAGUAUGAUACUUACUAGUGGAGAAUUUCCCAAUUUUUAAUAAUUGAGUUAAGCUACUAGAAACUGUUAAGAGGAAACAGCUGUUCACUGCUUUCAGUAAGAAAAUGUGGAAUAUAUCUUAACUAUUGGAAAACAAUGAAAUGACAAGCUGGCUCAGGCUGAUAUUCAAUGCGAGGUCGUGUUCAUCCAUUUAAUAGGUAUUCGAUUAACUACUAUGUGUAAACACAUUCUACUAAGGUCCAGGGUAUAAUGGAAAACAAGGUACAGGUCGUUCCUUCCCUAAUGGAAUGUCAUUGGAGAAACAGAUUGCACAAACAGAAUAUAAGUAAAAAAAUUAGUAAUUACAGUAAGUGCUAUAAAGAAAAAAAUUAUCUACUUACUGUUAGUUGUGUUAGAAUCUGUAAACAGAUGAAUGAAUAUUCCAUGUGGCAUCCAUUUUUAUUGCCAUUUAUCUAGUAUCAGACAUAGUACUGGUCUUAAAUUCUGCUAGUAGUAUAUCUUGAUGCACAUCUAUGAUGACAGAAUAUAGAAUUUGGAGAGUGGCUGUCAGUCACAGUGUCUGUUUACAAGCAGAUAUACAAGACAGUAGACAUGUGCAGGCCAGUUGGUCUUUACAUAUAAUUUAGUUUCAUUUGUCUAUGUAGCCCUUGAAAUGUGGCUAAGUCCAAAUUGAGAUAUGGUAUCAGUAUAAAAUACAUAUCAGACUGAAGAUGUACAAAGAAUGAAUGUAAAAAUAUCUCAAUUUUUGUAUAUUGGUGAGAGAAUAUUUUUGGCAUAGUGGGGUAAAUAAAAUGUUAAAAAUUAA